CCACAAAACAAUCAGCUGUUCGCUGUUAGUAACCCGCAAUGUCUUUGAAUUUAAGUGUACAUUAAUUUUCUAAACAGUGCGAGUAGCUCAACAUAACCUAUUUCUUCCUAUGUGUACGUCUAUUGUAGUACAUUCCAAAACAAACACACCAGUGAUCAUUCCAAAUCAACCACCAACAAUAAAUAUUUUUGUGUUUACUUUAAAUUUGAAUUUGAUGGACAAAACGAAAGAUUUCCUGCGUGAGCAAAACAAGGAUGAAAACAAAUUGAUCCGCUUGCUUUGUCUAUCUCAUUGAUCCCGUUGCUUUUUUUAAUCGCGUUCGAGCAAAAUGGGCCGAAAAUGUGUAGUCCCAAAAUGCAAAAGUGGCUUAAAAUCGUGCUUAGAAAAAGUGAGUUUGUUUUCAAUUCCAAAAAAUAAACUGGAAAUAUGGCAAAAGGCGCUACCGACGAAGGGACGACAAUUGACGUACCGAGACUGCGUUUGCAUGAAACAUUUUCGGGAAUCAGAUAUCAUCAGAGAGGUGAAAACAGACGUAUUUACGUACCAACUUCAAGUACCGAAAUUAGCGCCAAAUGCCAUUCCGUGCAAAUUCCCUAUCUUAUCCAACUACCAACUGCGACCCCGUUCUCAAGGUAAAUGUAUCAGUAAAAAAGAAAAACAACCAGACGCAGUGUCAACAAAAGCGAACAAAAAGCCAGCUGUCAAUGCGAAACCAAAACGAGGGAUGACCCCAGAACAAGCCUUCAAAUGGAAACUCCAAAACCUGCGCCUUCUCCACAAAGACCCCCGGAAUCUAACCCAGGAAAAAUACAACCAUUUAAUUCGCUCGGUAACAACAGCAAACCCCAAAACCUGCUCCCCACCAAAAAACUACAAUGUGAAAAUCGUCAACGGCGUCCAAAAACUAGUAACAGCGGAUAGAAUCCUUUUUUAUAUCCACGACGACGAGCUCUUUAAAGUUCUGUACAACACGCAUAUCAAACUCGAACACGCCACUACUUGCACAAUGAUGACAGAGCUGAAAAAAACCUACACAAAUAUUGUCCGUAGGGACGUAGCUAUUUUUAGAAAGUCGUGUCCCAUUUGCAAGCGAAAAUCUCAAUGGAUACCAAGACCUUCUAGAAAAAAGAAACCUGAAAGAGAGACGAUAGUCUAUAGUGACUUAAGUCGAAGAUGCUCUGUAAAUAUCUUAAAUUAUGACGGCACGUCCGUGAUGAUAUACCAAAAUAAAGAGACUAAAUUCUGUUUACUUAGCUGUUUACAAAGUGAUACGCCUGAAGAAGUGGCGCAAAAUUUGGUAGAUGCUUUUACAAUUGUGGGAGUUUCGGAGGAAAUCGAAUCAAGUAUUGGGAGUCAGUUUUGGCGGGACGUGGCCACUGAACUGAAAAAUAUAUGGACAGAUUUUAAACUUAGGCAUUUCAUGAAAACAGAACCUGCAAUUAUUGGCGAUGUUCACAGGACAAUCAAUGAGUGGAUGGAAAAUAAUUCAACAAAAUGGGUUGAAAAUUUGCACAUAAUUCAGCUUCAACUAAAUCGAGAACUUAAUGAUGAUAUUGAAACAACCCCCUAUGAUGCCAUUUAUGGGUUAAGUGAACCACAGAGUCAAGAUGGCGAAAAUGAAGAAAAUCGUCCUGAUAUCAUUUUCGUGUCUGAAUCUACAGUGGAAGAUACUAUUAAAAUCGAAGAAGAUCAAAUUGUAGAAGAGUUUGAACAGAAAGUUGAAGACGCUAAAGAUCCACUUGCUCAAGAUGAACAACUGACAUUUAACCCCGGUGAACCUGUACCUGAACAAAAUGCAAUCAAAAUCGAGGUUGUGGAAGACGAUACAAACCCGAGCGGAAUCUGUAUGGGAUGUGGUACAACUUCCCUUGAGUCAAAAGAAUGUCGUAACUGUUUGAAAAAAAGAAUCGUGAAAAAUCUUCUACCGCAAUGUUAUACCAAUUGGAAGGAUGUCAACAACUUAGAAGAGUACUUUACGACGAAACUAAAUUUAAGUAGGCAAACUUACCACAGUAGUCGAACACUGACGAAACAGGAGUACGACGAACUAGUUAUAGCUGUAGAAGAAGGUAAAAACUAUCAUAUUUUGCUAAACUAUCAAGUGAUAGAACGGGAGGGAAUAAAAAGAUUAGUAAAAACAGAAAUGAGAGAACACACCGUUAAACAUUACGUUCACGAUGAUGAGUUAUUCUAUGUCUUCCACUACACCCACAUUAAUUUAAAACACGCCUGGCGUGAAAGAAUGGCUUCUGAAUUAAAAAAGCGAUUCGCCAAUAUUGUUACAAGAGAUAUCAUGACGUAUCUAAAUGCAUGUACGCAAUGUCAACGAAAACGUCUCUACAAUAAAUCUGACCGUGAACCGCUUAUAUAUAGUAAUAUUAGUGCACAUUGUUCUAUUAAUUUUAUAGAUUACCACUUACGUUCAGACGGUGGUUACAAAUACGUCCUAGUCUAUCAAAACCAUCUGACGAAAUUCUACAUGUUGAAAGCUCUCUUCUCUUUGAAACCGGCAGAAGUAGCGUAUAAUUUGAUCGACAUAUUUACUUUCGUUGGAGUUCCUACUACCAUCGGAUCAAAGGAAGAUUGGACACUAAUCGAGGACAUUAUCAGACAGCUAAAAUUUGUAUGGGAAGACUUAGAAGUUGAACACUUGAAAAAUGACGCGUAUGAAGGCACUCGUGUCAUAGAUGAAGACAUCAGAACUUGGUUGGAAGAAAAUAAGACAGUGCGAUGGACUAAAGGACUCCGGUUCGUUCAGUUGGCCAGAAACCAGGAAUAUCAUUCUGAUAUCGAAGGAGCACCUUAUGAUGCACUUUUUGGUGUAACGAACACCCCUGAUGAUGACUGUGAAAGCGAGGAGUACAUGGAUACUAAGAAUAGUACUCUUCAACUACUAACAGAACUCUUCCCGUCACUACACAAAAAAUUUCCUCCAUUAAAGGAUAACGUGUUAGAAGAACUGUUCUUGUCGAAACUUAAAGAAAAUAGAAGUUCUUCCUCGACUAACUACUUAUCUAAGCAAAACUACUACGAGCUAUUGUAUCAAGUGACAGCGGCCAAAGUGACCAAGCAAACCGACAUACUCAAAAAAUAUGGGGCAAUUUUCUUCGAAGGUGCUGAACGUUUGAUCUUGCCUUCAGCUCAAGGAGAAAUGAUGUUAUACGUCCACGAUGACGACCUAUUCACCAUUCUUCACUAUGUUCACACGGGAUUGCAGCACAUGGGAACUAAAAAAAUGAACGAAUAUCUUAAAAGUCGUUUCGUCAAUAUAUCUCCGGGUGACAUUUGGACCUACUGCCAACUGUGUCCCGUCUGUAUGAAAAGAGUUAGGCACAAACUAAAAUCAGAUCAUAUGGCUUGCAGUUUGAUGAGUUCCAAAUGUUCAAUUGAUAUAAUCAACUUCUAUUUUUGUCCCGACAACGAGUUCAAAUACAUUAUGGUCUAUCAAAACAACCUCACGAGGUUUUGUGUGUUUAAACCGAUGAAAACGAGAACUCCUGAAGAAGUUGCUGAUAAUGUAGUCGAUGUUUUAACGUUGAUGGGUACUUGUAAGGUCAUACAAUCUCGAGAAGGAGCCGAGUUUGUGCAAAAAAUGAUCAGGCUGAUACAAAACGUUUGGGUUGAUUUUAGUGCCAAGUAUGGAGGAAUUGGCACCUGCGCUGUCGAUGAUAUAGGCGAUGAAAUAAAAAGUUGGAUAGUGGUUCAUGAUUCGUCGGAAUGGAGUAAAAUUUUACCUUCUGUUCAGUUGGCGUGGAAUAAAAGUAUUCAACAAAGUAGGGGAAGGACACCAUAUGAAGACACUUUUCAAUUAAUUUGAGUACGGCAGUGUUUUUGCUAAGAAGUCGAAUUUUUCUAAAAUUAUGUUUAGUUAUGUUUCCUGGUGAAUGAUAUUCACAAAAUAAAACUAUUUCCGAGGA